UUUGCCUGAUAUGGUCUCGUACCCAUGGUCCUCAGCGUAUCAAAACAAGGAAACUGCAAAACAAAGACAGGUGCAGGUGCCAUAUCGAUUGGUCCUGCGCUAGCUGCAGAAAGGAAGAUGUGAAGGAUGCAAUUGAGACGACAAGUUUGCCAUGCAGGUGGAGUGAACUCACUUUAAAGUUCUUGGUGGCUGACUGAUCAUCCCAAAGUAUCACAACACACAAUGCACCAACCUUUGCAGUGACAUCAGAUAAAACCACAAAGAUGACGAGACCAAACUCUUUUAGAAGUGGGUCCACUGUUGGCAGUAGGUCUGUGUUCUCCUCAGUUCACUACAAGGUGCACCCAUGUGCCAGUGUUCAUCCCUACUGCCUGCUGGCAGCUUCAGGGAUUGUAGUGAUCCUGACAGGCCUGCUCCAACUGUGCCUGUACUUCAGCCUCCGCACACUCACCACAUCCCUGCACUACACAGAGGGACCGAUACCCACAUAUGUCAACGCUAUUACACUGGUCUUUACUGGGUCACUGGUGAUUCUGGUGGCCAGACAUCCGGAGAAAUAUCUGCUGAUGUUGACCAUUGGUGGGUCACAGGAAGCGGUAGACUGGUUUUGUGAUCCACACAUUAAUACACAGACAUACAAUGUCAUGUAA